AUGCUGCUCACCAACUACGCCGUCUUUACGCUGUGCUCCUUCUCAUCCCUCGCCAAGGUCGGGCCGUCCCUGAUCGAAUGGUCCUCCAACACGUCGCUGCCUUUCGUUUGGACUGUCACCGAGUACGUCAUCCGUCGCACCUUUUUCCGCCAAUUCAUCAGCGAUGAUACUGCCGAGGGCUCGCUGCCUUUGCUUUCUUCGCUCUCUCGCGACAACCUUGGUGCCAUGCUCAACUUCUCUGUUGAGGUCACCCACGAUGGCAAGCCUGCCAAAGCUGCUGGUGAAGCGCAGACAUCCAAAUCUGCCGUCCACCGCCCCUUCGUCGACGAGCUACUGCACAGCAUCGACGUCUCGGCUAGGUUGGCAUCGCUGCCGGCCUCGCAUGGCGUUGUCGAUAAUAAACAAGCUGCCGAGCUGGCCGUCCGUCCCGACCGAUCCGGCAGCACAUUUGUCGCCAUCAAGCUUUCUGGUUUGCUCUACGAUUCGUCGGUGCUCGAGCGUGCGUCCGCUGCCAUCGUUCCCAGAGAAUGGUUCAGUGCGCCUCCGGAGCCGCUCCCGCCGCUCAGCAUCAACGGCAAGGGUCCGUGUGGUGGGCUCGCUAUCCCCAUUGCUGCGCUGACGCCCAAGGACGUCGACGCGCUCAAGCAGCUCUGGGAAGCGCUUCGCGAAGUCGCCGAACGAGCCAAGCAGCACGGCAGCGUGCGGCUCGCCAUCGACGCCGAGUACAGUUGGUAUCAACCUGCCAUCGACGCCAUGUACGAGGCCAUCGCCGCCGAGUACAACCGACCCGCCAAAGAAUCAAACGAUGCUCCUCAGGGAAGCGUCACGGGGCCUUUGGUCUACAAUACGUUCCAGGCCUACCUUCGUCGAACACCCUCGCACCUAGCCGCUUCGUUCGAACGCGCCAAGCUCAACGGAUACACGCUCGGUGUCAAGCUCGUGCGCGGUGCUUAUGUUGACAUUGAAAACCGCAUCUGGUCCGAUAAGAUUGUCGAUGCGCCUCCGAUUCCAGGCAAGGGCGCCGACGCGGCCGCCUACGAAGGGUGGGGAAGCCCCGUUUGGCCCAACAAGGAUCUCACCGAUCGAUGUUAUGAUGGCUGUGCCAUCCGCCUCGUUCAAGAAGUGCACGACGAUCUCGUCCGCGCCGGCAAGAAGAACGCACAACCAAACCUCGCCGUCGUGUUUGCCAGCCACAACACACAGUCGUCGCUCAAAGUGAUCCGCGAGAUGGUGCGCCUCGGCAUGGCCAAACCGGCGCCGGCACUGCUCCAGGCUACCAAGGACGCCCAUCCGGCGAUCGAUCGGAGCGUGCUGCUUCAGCAAGUGCCGCUGGUCGACCUGCAGCUGCAAGAGUCGGUGCGCGGACGCAUCUUUUUCGCUCAGCUUUACGGCAUGGCCUCGGUCCUCACCGCGCGAAUCCAGGCGGCCUUUGACGCCAAUUCGGGCGGUGUGGGACCUCACAUGGUGCUCAAGUACAUUCCUUAUGGACCACUCGAGCUCACACUGCCGUAUCUGAUCCGUCGUGCCCUCGAAAACGGCGAUAUUAUGACUGGCGGCGCCGCAGCUGAGAAAGCCCUUGUGUGGGACGAACUCAUGCACCGAAUCGGCCUUCGCCGCUGA